UUUGUCUUUUUACCUCAUCCUCCAAGGGCCACCAGGUUGGCUACAGCUACAUCAUAAUGCACGAGUGCAUAAUAACCACAAACAUGAAAAGUUCCAGAUUUAGCUUCAAUUGAAAACCAAUUUCAAAAAGUAAUCAGUUCAAUUGUUCUUUUUUAUAUCAUAAUUUUUGUUGUCUUUUUUUCUUUCUUUCUUUCUUUCUUUUUAAUAUUAAAUUAAAAUCGAUUUACAAAAUGGCUGAAAAGGAAAUCACAGUCGCUAUCGUUGAUUUAUCACCUUCAAUGAUCGACCAUAACAAUUCAAGAAAAAUUAGUGAUCUUGAAUACGGUUUAAUUUAUCUUAACCACUUGGUAUCUACUAAAAUACUUAGAGCAAGAAAGACUGAUUUUGUCUCCUUAAUAGCUUGUCAUACUCUUGAAACCAAAAUCCCACAAACAUUUUCAAAUUUUACAUCAAUGCAAAAUUUGUCAAUCUUAUUCGGUCCAAAACAACCUUUUUAUAAUGAUCUAAAAACUCUCAAUGCCUUAAAAGCAAACCAAAAUUUGUAUAAUGACAAUGAAGGUGGUAUCCUAAUGGCCAUCCUAUUGGCGGUUGAAACGAUUAAGGACUUUGUUGUUAAAAAGAAAUUCAAAAAAAAUAUCAUUAUCAUAACAAACGGGGACGAAGAGCUAUUAAUGAAUAAUCAAUAUAAAUCUGGUUUAAUUGAUUUAAUUGCUGAACAAAAUAUCAAUCUAGUUCUAAUGGGUAUUGAUUUCAAAAUCAAUGAUAAAAACAAAUCAAUCGUUAAUAACGAUUUGAGGAGAAAUGCAAUAGCCCAAUGGAAAGAUUUAUUUCAAAAUAUCCCUUUUUCUUUGUUUUUAUAUUACGAAGACGUUAUCCAUAAUUUAAACCAUACUUUCAUUCCCAAAACUGUUAAACCAAUAAGAUUAUUCACCUCUAAAUUAAGAUUAGGCGGUGAUGUCUUUCAAAAAACUGAACUUAAUUUUGAUAAUUCAAUUGAUCCAUAUUCAAUCGAAAUCGAAAUUGAUGGUUAUAGUGCUACAAAAAAAAUAGUGAAUAAAAAUACUGGCUCAUUCUACCUCAAGGACACUUUAUUAAGUGAAUCAUAUCAAACAAUCGAAAACUCUGAGCAUGCCUUGCCAAUAAAACGAUUUGCAGAAUACGAAAUUGAAGAAACUGAUAUUAAUACCAAUAACACCGUUCAAAGAAAAAUCAACGAAGAUGAAAUAAUUAAAUGUUAUCAGUAUGCUACAAGCAAUGUUCCAUUUUCAAAAGAUUUAGAAGCUGCUGCAAUUUAUCCAACUCAACCUGCUCUAGAUAUUAGAGGAAUAAUCAAUAAAAACUCUUUUCCAUUAUGGUAUCUUCAAGAGGAAAACACUUUUAUUUUUCCAAAAAAGGAUUAUGGAUUAAAAGAAUCUUUAUCAUUUGCUUGUAUUGUAAGAGCAUUAAUCGACUUAAAAUCAUGUGCUAUUGCUAGGUUUGUUCAAAAAAAGAAUUCAGAAGUUCAAAUGGUUGUUUUAAUCCCUGUUAUCAUUGCAGACGUAGAAAAUGAUUUAAAUAAAUUUAUCAAAAACAACAAUCUUAAAAGAACAUUAGAUGAAAGAGAAAAUAAUUUAAACAAUAAAAAAGGUGAGAUUUAUGCUCUUGUUUUAAGUAGAUUGCCAUUCAAGGAAGAUGAAAAAUUGGCACAAUUCACAAAAUUAUCAGAGAUAAGAACAAUGAGUGGUAAAGUAAUUACCGAAAAUCAUGAACUAUUACCUACGCCCGAAAUGAAUGAAACAAUGGAAAAAUACAUUAUUUCAAUGGAUAUGGAUAAUGAUGAAGCUAUUCCAGAAAAUAAUAACAAUCUUAGUUAUGAUGAUAAUCAUGAUUACACAAGUAAUCAAAAAAGUCAUAAUAUUGAUGACAAUUGUGUUUUCAAAACAAAAAUUAUAAAUAAAAACAAAAAUAUUCUUCCAAACACCAACAUCUCAAAUGAAAAUCCAACUGGAAGAGAAACCGAUAUGGAAAAAAAUACGUUAUUUCGAUCGGCACCACAUAUUUACCACCAAGAUCUAUCGUUGAGAACAAUCGGUAUUGAAGCUAGCAAAAGAGGUCAAAGUAUUCUGGAAUAUAUCAACGAAAAUGUCAAGGAUAACAAUGGAAUAGAUAUUGUUCCUGAAAUCAAUCCAGAUUUACUCAAAAACAGUCAUAUCAAGAAAGAGUUGUUAUUGAGCUCUGAAAAACAUCUAAAAAAGUUAAUUAACCUAUUUGAGAUCACAUAUAUUGAUGAUGCUAAAUAUAAAAUAAAAGCUGAUCCUGAUGAAGUAGAGGAUGAUGAAUAUGAUGGCGAUCUAUCUCUAGAUAGUAUCUUGCGUUAAUAUUGUGAUCGGUUGUUUUUUUGGGCUAAUCUGUAAAUUUCGGAAGUUGAUUUUAGUCCCAAAUUACCCUGAAAAGGCAAAUUUCCGAACAAAGUUCCUUG